GAGGCGGGGUGGUGGUGCGCGGCCGCGCUCCGGGGAUCCCCCAGCGGCUGCGCCGCGGGAGCGCCCGGAGCCUGCGCCCGGGCGCGCGAGCAGUGCCUCGAGCUGGACCUCCGGGAGGAGCUGCCGCCCGCCGGCCCCGUGGUGCCCCGGGCCCCGAGGGAGCCGCCGGCGGUGCUCCUCGAGGGGGGCUCGACGUACCGCGGCCAGUGGCGGGCGGGCGAGCUCCACGGCUGGGGCGUGCUGGUCUCGCCACGCGGCACCCGGCACGAGGGCCGCUUCGCGGGGGGCCGGGCGCACGGCCGCGGCGUGCGCUCCUCGCCGGAGGGGCACAGCUACUCUGGCGAGUGGGCGGGCGGCCAGCGGCACGGCACGGGCAUCUGCACCGGGCCAGACGGCGGCCUCUACGAGGGGCAGUGGGUGCAGGAUGACGAGCGCUCGGGCAUGGGCUCGGAGCAGUACGCCGACGGCAGCCGCUACGUCGGGCGCUUCGAGGCGGGCGCCAGGCACGGCGACGGCCACCACGGGCCGGGCCCGGGCGUGCAGUGCGCCAGGGAGGCCAAGCAUCGG